UCGGAGUAGGGAUCCUAUAGAUGUACAGAGGAAUCCGCUCACGGUUCACCGCUCAGGAUCACAUUAGACGCGCGUCACCGCUCCAAGUGGAAGGUGCUCGUCGUGCGGUGUCCUUAGUGUCCUCCGUCUCUCUGGUGAGUUCCACUUCGGAUUCCGUGCUGGAAUCGCAGAUUCAUUCGGGUAUCGGCGAGCUUCGUAGGCAUACUAGAAUCAUCGGAUCCGUGACCAUGUGGCGACUGGUUUCCACGUUGGCCUUGCUCGGCCUGGGCUUGGCGAUGCCGCAGCAACAGAACUCAGGCGACUUAAACAGCCUCGUUAACCAAGCUUUCGGUAGCAGCUCGACAACCCCGCAGUCGGUGCCUCAGAUCGGCGGCGACCUCGACAGCUUCAUCAAGGACGUUUUCGGGAACGUUACCCCUCCCGCCACUACCACCUCCAGCGGGCUGAUCCUUGGCAAGGACAAUAAGCAGUCCCCGAAACCGGCCGACUGCGAGUGCGUGCCUUAUUAUCAGUGCCAGGAUGGCACCAUCGUGACGUCGGGACAGAACAUCAUCGAUAUCAGGUCCGGUUUUGGUGGUAACGAUGAGCGCUCCCAGGGAGCUCUCGGACCAUGUGAGAACUACUUGGACGUUUGCUGCAAGCCGCCAGAUAUGGUGGAGACGCCGAUUCUGCCACCUCCAAUCGAGAGAAUCGGAUGUGGACAACGACAUCCUGAAGGGGUGGGCUUCAGAAUCACCGGUGAGUCCGACAAUGAGGCGCAGUUUGGCGAGUUUCCCUGGAUGGUGGCUAUCUUGAAGGAGGAACCUAUCGGCACCAACGGCCAGAAAUUGAACGUCUAUCAGUGCGGAGGUGCCCUCAUUCAUCAAAAGGCCGUUCUUACCGCGGCUCACUGCGUCAAUGGGAAGCAGCCGCACGAGCUGAAAGUCCGCGCCGGAGAAUGGGACACGAUGACGAGGAGCGAGAUUUUCCCGCAUCAGGAUCGCGAUGUCGAGAAGGUCGUGGUUCACGAGAAGUUCCAUUCCGGUGCACUCUUCAACGAUUACGCGAUCCUGAUCCUGAAGGAACCGGUAGAAUUUAAGGAGAACGUGGACAUCGUAUGCCUACCGGAAACGAACGCGAUCUUUGACGGGUCGAGGUGUUUCGCCAGCGGAUGGGGCAAAGACGUCUUCGGCAAAGAAGGACGUUACCAGGUGAUCUUGAAGAAGGUGGAUGUCCCUGUGGUUCCUCACAACACCUGCCAGGACACCUUGCGCACUACCAGGCUAGGAAAAUACUUCGUUCUGGACAAGAGUUUCAUCUGCGCGGGUGGAGAACUAGGGAAGGACACUUGCAAGGGUGACGGCGGAAGUCCUCUGGUAUGCCCGCUGAAGGAGGAUCCGAGCAGAUACGUCCAAGCCGGCAUCGUAGCCUGGGGACUCGGCUGCGGCGAGAAUGGCACACCCGGCGUUUACGCCAGCAUAGCUAACGGGCGCAGGUGGAUCGACGAGCAAAUGGCCUUCCACAAUCUGGACAAUACCGUUUAUCAGUAUCGUCCGUCUUAGAGGAUCGAUUAAUCAUCGCUCACCCGAUAUGCCAGUCGAUCAGGCGAAUCUUUUCAGAGUCACUUAUCACAUAUCGCGCUAACGUUCUUUCACUAAAGUGUUUUUACGCGGGCAACUCUAGACCGUGAGAGCAAGCGUGAUGUUCGAUAAGUCUCGUUACAUUGGCUUAAUACUCCGAAGAACAAGAUAAGAUUUAGAGCGAGUCCUCCCUCAUGUCUCUAUACUCGUGCAUUCGUAAACUGAGAUUAAAAGUGAUCGUAGAUUUAAGUAACGAAAGUUAGCCGCACGGCAUCGCGAAAAUCAAUGCGUGGCAUUUUAUAAGUGACGUAUAAGUGACAUAUAAGUGAACGAUACAUUUUUAUUAAAGAUAAUCAGAUAAAAUAUAACGCUAAUUCCUCCCCCUCGCACACAUCUUAUUUUUGUAAUAAUCUUUGAUCGAUUAGCUGUCGAUUUUCCGAAGAUAAAUUAUGCAAUAUAAUAUUAUUCGCUCUUUUAUGAAGUAUUUUUGCAAUACAUUAAUUGUAACAGUUGUUUA